GUAAAAAUAAUAAGAUUCUAAUAUUUGUUUACCGACCUCCCCAAUGAACAGUCUUGGCUGUUUCUCUCCACUCCCUCUCACCUUCCUUUUAAACUCUGUCCUCCUUGCUAACUCUUCCUCAAUAACCAACUCUCUCUCUCUCUUUCUCUCUAUUCUCUCUCUUCUCUCUCUCUCUCUCUCUCUCUCUCUCUCUACUACAAGUACCAACCCAACAACCAACAAAUAGUGCGCUUCCCAGUUCCAAAACUAAGAAGGCUGCAUUAUAUGCUAAGCAUGCCAAUGCCGCCUCCUCAACAUCUCCCACCAACAAAUGAAGCAAAGAAUGAAAAUGAAGAAAACCCUUCGGUUUUUGAUGCUUCAGUUGCUCAGUACCAAUCCAGCAUACCCUCCAAAUUCAUAUGGCCCGACCACGAGAAGCCAUGCCCUGAGCCGCCAGAGCUUCCAGUUCCUCACAUUGACAUGAAAGGCUUUCUCACAGGGGACACUAGGGAGGUCUCAAACGCGACUCGUUUAGUCGAUGAGGCAUGCAGGAAGCAUGGAUUUUUCCUCGUUGUUAAUCAUGGAGUUGAUUCGCAGCUCAUAGCAAAAGCUCAUGAAUACAUGGACUUGUUCUUUGGCAUGCAACUCUCACAGAAGCAAAGGGCUCAGAGAAAGACUGGUGACCACUGCGGAUAUGCCAGUAGCUUCAUUGGCAGGUUCUCCUCCAAACUUCCAUGGAAAGAAACACUUUCUUUCAGAUAUAGUGCCGACAGCCACUGCACAGUCAAUGACUAUUUUGUGAAUGUAAUGGGUGAAGAUUUCAAAGAAUUCGGGAAGGUGUACCAAGAAUACUGUGAAGCCGUGAGCAAUCUCUCCAAUGGGAUAAUGGAGCUGCUGGGAAUGAGCUUAGGAGUUGGCCAAGAGUAUUUCAGAGAAUUCUUCGAAGGAAACGAUUCAAUAAUGAGGUUGAACUACUAUCCCAGAUGCCAAAAACCAGAUUUAACACUAGGAACUGGGCCUCACUGUGAUCCCACUUCCUUAACAAUUCUUCAUCAAGAUCAAGUAGGCGGCCUUCAAGUGUUUGUAGAUGAAAAGUGGCGCUCUGUUACUCCUAAGCCUGAUGCUUUUGUUGUCAACAUUGGUGAUACAUUUAUGGCUCUAUCCAAUGGGAUUUACAAGAGCUGCUUGCAUAGAGCAGUGGUAAACAACAGAACUGUGAGGAAAUCUCUUACUUUCUUCCUUUGUCCCAAAAAGGACAGGGUGGUGACCCCACCAAGAGGUUUGGUUGAUACCAAGAGCCCAAGGAUGUACCCGGACUUUACCUGGCCUACUUUGCUAGAGUUUACACAGAAACACUACCGGGCUGACAUGAAGACGCUGGAUGCCUUCUCGGACUGGAUUAUAAAUAAAAACAACUAACCAUGAAAGAAGCACCAGGAAAAGUAGGUGUACGUAAAGCUUUGGUGGGUGUUCAUGGGAAAAGAUGACAGAAACACCAAGAAGGGAGGAGAGGGAACUAGGCUGUUAACUAGUGUGUCAUCGUCGGAGAGAAUCAUGUCAAUUUGGAGGCAUAAAUAAGUUAAGGGGCUCCAUAACUUCUUCUUAAUUUUACUUUUCUGUCAAUUCAACAAUGAAUCAUUGUAAUUAUAAUAUAUACUUUGUUGACCA